AUGAGCGUGGUCGCAGAGUAUACCAAAAUACUAGGCGCGGUCCCCGAGACCCUCAUCACCGCGAUUGCGCAAGACAAUCUUGAUGCUGAUGGACGCCCCGUCAAGCGACGGAAGGUUACCAAGUCUGGCCCUUCUAAAUUGAGUGAUGUAAUGGGAGUCUCUUCAAAUGGGAUUCCUCUAGGCUAUAUUCCACUGACCAGAUUGUUUUUGCGAUUAAACUACACCGAAGCCUUUGCAUCAGAUGGAGCUACCAUAAAUGACUCUUCUGAUACGUCGCAUCGAUUACCUGUCCUCGUCGAGAUUCAAAAUGCAGGCUCACGCUCCGAUGUUCUUGACCAUCCCGAUGUUGACCGCGUUCCAUACACACUGGCAAUGACCACGACUGAUGCAGACAAAAAGGAAAUUUUCUCUUGUGUGAUUGAGGAUUUGCGGCUAGUCGGAUUUCUUGAACAGCUUGGACAUGCUACUCGGCUUAUUACCGCCGAUCGAUACUAUAAUCGUCUACCAACGGCGUGCUAUCAAGCUACAAUACAGCACUCGGAACGUGAAAACUCAUUACUACUGGAAGUUGUGGGCCUCUGGAGAGAUUCACUUGUACUCCCUGACCUCAAUCAUCUGCCAGAUCCUGCUUUAGAGCUUUUUGCGAAGUAUGCUUUACAGGAGGAUCAUGUGACCGCUCUCGAAUAUACACAGCGCGGACGCCGCGAGAAGCUACUCGGCAACCACCGGCAGUGGUUGCCUCGUGAAUUCUACGAGAGCGUUCAUGUCCCACAGAAUACUGAAAGUGCAUCUGCAGAUAUACAGUGUCCUGAUCUGGAGUGUGAGCUUUUUCCUUUCCAGAGACGAGCUGUUAGAUGGCUUUUGUGGAGAGAAGGAACCCGGAUUCAGCAAGAUGGGACAGUCGCCACCAUUGAUAGGCCCUUGCCAAAUGGACUUCCAGCAUCAUUCAAGCAAAUGCGUGACGCCGAUGGAAAUUUCUGCUACUUCAGUCAUCUGUUCAUGACGAUUACCACCCAGAUAACCCAAUGGGGCGAUGCCGCGAAUCUCUUGCGAGGUGGAAUUCUGGCGGAAGAGAUGGGUCUUGGCAAGACAGUUGAGAUGAUUGCUCUAAUGAGCUUGAAUCGCAGGCCCCCGCAAGAGUCAGUAAAACCCGACCCUGAUGGUUUGCGGGUGUCGGGCGCAACUUUGAUUAUUACACCACCGGCAAUUCUGGAACAGUGGAAACAAGAACUCGAGCACCAUGCCCCCAAACUACGGGUGCAUCACUAUACGGGUAUCAAGCGUGGACAAGAACGAUCGGACGACUUGAUGAUUGAAGAGAUAGCAGAUUUUGACGUUGUCUUGACAACCUAUAACGUUAUCUCCCGCGAGAUACAUUAUGCCGGUGCCACGCCAGAGCGGAGUCUCCGUCAUGAGAAACGGUUCGAGCCGCGAAAAACACCACUAGUUCGGAUAUCGUGGUGGCGUGUCUGUCUAGACGAAGCUCAGAUGAUUGAGAGUGGUGUCAGUAACGCAGCAAAAGUGGCUCGCCUGAUUCCUCGUCAAAACGCCUGGGCUGUGACUGGUACACCACUGCGAAAGAAUAUCGAUGAUCUGUUCGGGCUGUUACUGUUCCUUCAGUAUAGGCCGUUUUGUGACUCGAGCUCAUUGUGGAAACGUCUUUAUUCAAGAUUUGGCCCGGUGUUGGUCAGCAUCAUCAACUCAAUCGCUCUUCGGCAUAGCAAAGACAGAGUACGCGACGAACUACGUUUGCCGCCUCAGAAGCGCAUUGUAAUCACCACUCCUUUUACUCCAAUUGAGGAGCAGCAUUAUGGACAGUUGUUCGAGGAGAUGUGCGAACAGUGUGGCCUCGAUGCAUUUGGCGCACCUCUUUCAGAAGACUGGAACCCCGAAGAUCCGGGAACCGUUGAGAAAAUGCGUACUUGGUUGACCCGCCUUCGCCAGACCUGUCUCCAUCCUGAAGUCAGUGGCAGCAAUCGCCGUGCGCUGGGCUCCGCAAAUGGCCCGCUGCGUACGGUGGAUGAGGUCCUUGAGGUCAUGAUUGAGACCACUGAUACAUCGAUCCGUACAGAGGAGCGAACUCUCCUUCUUUCUCAGCUCCGCCGAGGCCAACUCCUCGAGAAUGCGAAGCGCAGGAAAGAAUCGCUCGCUAUUUGGCAGUCAGCUCUAGACCGCGCCACCGAGCUGGUCAACGACAGCAGAGAGCAGCUUCGAUUACAGCGGCUUAAAAACAAAGGCAUGGCUGUGAAUGGCACAGUAGCUAUGCCUGAAACUCCUGAUUACACCACUGACGACGAAAACGAUGAAGAAGUAGACAAGAACAGCCGUAUUGGUCAGUGCCGUCUGAAGCUUCGCGCUGCGCUGGAAGUGCAGCAUAUUGCCGUGUUUUUCACUGCAAAUGCGUACUACCAGAUCAAGAGUGAUCCCAAUUUGACCCAGCCCGAAUCCGAGGAAUUCAAAGCUCUCGAGAAGAAGGAAGAGGAUGGGUACGAGGCAGCAAAGCUGAUUCGUAAGGAGAUGUUGACGGAUAUCUCCCGCAAGGUCGAGCGGUACAUGAAAAAUAUCAAGGAAAGAGAUCGAAAGAAGGAUUUUGUGCAUAUUCCGACCAUGAAGCCGUAUCUGUACAGCAGGGGGCUGGAAUCUUACAGGCUGCUAAACAAGUUUGAGGAUUUGUGCACUACCCUCAAUGAACAUGCCGAGCAAUACAACCAGUGGAGAGAAGUCAUGAUCGGGCUAGUCUCCCAGUCACUCAUCGACCAGGAAGAGGAUGCUGAACUGGAAGGAAAUGAGUAUGAGCGAUCUACAAAGCAUCAAGACGAAAUGUACGUUUACAUGGAGGCCCUUCGUGCUAUGUAUGCAGAUCGUCACGAUGCCCUUACUGGCCAGAAGAAUAUUCUCAUUUCGCACGAGGCCAAGGCUGGCAUCGCCCAAGCAAAGAAAGGAGAAGGACCGUCCCCGGAACUGUUCCUCUCGAUCAUGAACACCCGCAGUGCACUGAUGCCAGAUCCUAAUCUUGGAUCACUGCGUGGCAUCGUGAGUGAACUGCGCAGCUUAGUUGGCUCGCUCGAGUGGCAAGCUUCAGGAGGAAGCUCGCGUGCCAGUGCCGAACUUGAGAUGGUCACUUUGGUGUUGAAGAAUGCUGGCCAAAUGAUUGCUGAGCAGCUUAAAAUAUCCUCAAGUCUAGAGAGAGAGGUGGAAAUGUUUCGAGACACGAUGAAUAACCGACUGGAAUAUUAUCGCCAUCUCCAGCAAAUCUCAGAUACAGUCGCACCUUACGACGAGGAGAAUGCAGGAAAGCCGAUGGAUGAGAAUCUGUUUGCUUCCAAAUUGAAACAGGAAGAAAAGAUUGAGGCCAAAAUAUCCACCCUCAGGUCCAAGAGGCGAUAUCUUAUCCACCUACGAGAUGAGUCCGGUGAAGAAGAUACAUCCCGCAUAUGCAUUAUCUGUCAGUCGAGCUUUGAAACUGGUGUCUUGACUGUUUGCGGUCACAAAUAUUGCUCGGACUGUCUGCGAUUGUGGUGGCGCCAACAUCGAACAUGUCCUAUGUGCAAGAAACCUCUGAAAUUCAACGACUUCCAUCAAAUCACAUACAAUGCACAGGAGCUAGUUGCCCAGGAAGAAGUGACGCUUGUAAAGUUCGAUCACGAAAGACAUCCGAAAAAUGCCAUUUACAGCGAUAUUAGCUCGGGUGUUUUGAAACAGAUUGAAAAUAUCGAGCUAGGCGAUUCAUUUGGAACCAAGGUCGAUACACUUGCGCGUCAUAUCAUAUGGCUCCGUGAGCACGACCCAGGUUCCAAGGCAAUCGUCUUUUCACAGUACAGGAAUUUCUUGGUUGUCCUGAAGCGAGCGUUCGACCGAUUCGGAAUUGUCAAUAGCAGUGUCGAUGCCCCGGGAGGGAUCGAGAAGUUCAAACAAGAUCCAGCAAUUGAAUGCUUUUUGUUGCAUGGCAAGGCGCAAUCGUCCGGACUAACAUUGAUCAACGCCACGCAUGUCUUCCUUUGCGAGCCGCUAAUCAACACUGCAAUCGAACUGCAGGCUAUUGCUCGAGUGCACCGAAUCGGUCAACACCGUCCCACUACUGUGUGGAUGUACCUCGUAUCCGGGACCGUUGAGGAAUCCAUCUACGAAUUAUCAGUGACUCGCCGGCUCGCCCACAUCUUGGAAAAAGAGAAGCAGGAGAAAAAAUCCCGGUUUAUCCAUCCAAGUGAUGGAGACGAGUCAUUGAUCAACGAUAUAACCGAGACGGCAAUUGACUCGGCCAAUUCCAUGGAAUUGGAGGAUGCGACCCUUAACAACCUAAUGACGAGUGGUGCUGCAGGUGGAGAGAUGGUCAAAAAGGAUGAUCUAUGGCAGUGUUUGUUUGGGGCUACCGCUGAGAAGAACGAUCGCGGUCUUUCAACCGAUGCAGAGAGAGAAGUUGGCCGCUUCUUGCGCGGGGAAGCUGCGGAGCAAAGAAGAGAGGAGGCUACAAUCUAA